GCCUGUCAUUCCUUUAUCGGUCGCGGUGGUGCGAGGUAGUCAGCUCUCGCUCUUCUCUCUCCGCUUCUCUGUCUCGAGCACCUGUAAUCAACGCUAAGGGACUGAGGAAGCGUGCGCCGAGCUCUCCCGACACACCAACACGCCUUGAGGAGAACUUCGACUCGAGAACGACGAUCAAGAUGCCCUACGACUUCACUACCUGGGACCGCAACUGCCUGGAGGAGCAAGUAACUCCCGUGCAAGGGGAAGUAACAGGCACCAUCCCGCCAUGGCUUCGAGGUUCCUUCCUCCUGGACGGCCCCGGCAGGAUGACCUACGGAGAGCACGAAUUCAACCAUGUGUUCGAUGGCUCAGCUCUCCUCCAGAGGUUCACCUUCGGGGAGACUGGCGCCACCUUCUGCAGUAGGUUCCUCAAGAGCUACGCUUACACCACCAACCUCGAGAACGAGCAGAUUGUCGUGUCGGAGUUCGGAACGACCGGGAAGUCCGUGACGAAGGGAAAGCUGGCCAAGUUAGGUGACAAAUUUGCGUUCGAUAAGAUGUUCUCCGACAACGCCCCAGUUGGCGUGGUCACCUUCGGCGGCGAGUACUAUUGCAUCACGGAGGCGCCCUUCUUGCACAAGAUUGAUCCCACGACGCUCGAGACCAUCAGCAAGGUGGACCUUCACAAAGAGUUGGGCAUCAACUCCCACUGCCCCAACCCAAAGCCCCUGCCCGACGGGUCCACCCUGAACAUCCUGCACGCCGUGGGAGCUACGGGACCCAAAUAUGAUAUCGUCUCCUUCCCGUCCAAGCCUCUCGAUGGCAAAGCCACUGUGUUUGCCAAGCCCAAGAAAGUAGGAUCCGUGGACGCCCGCUGGAAACUCAACCCGUGCCACAUGCACACCUUCGGGCUGACGGAGAACUACGUGGUUUUGCUCGAACAGCCGCUCACCAUCGACGUCAAAGCCAUGGUCGCCAACACCAUCCGGGACAAGCCUUUCAUUGGUGGCAUGGAGUGGAUGGAAAACAAGCUUGUCAAGAUCCACAUCGUGAACCGCGAGACGGGCAAAGAGGUCAAGCAGAAGGUCAAGUGCGAGGCUUUCUUCUUCAUGCACAUCAUCAACUGUUACGAGCGGGAAAAUCACAUUGUCAUUGAUGUCAACGCCUACAAGAAGCCUGACCUCCUGCACGCCUUCCACCUCAAGAACCUCCGAGAACGCGGUGCUUCGCUCGGCAACGAACUGGACGGCGGCUCAGUCAAGAGAAUUGUGAUCCCGAUGGAGGUUUCGGACAAGGUCUCCCCUGAACUCAAUCUGGUCAUGCUCGCGGGCACCAAGGCGAAGGCCAACCGGCAGAAGGACGGGUCGCUCUACCUCACGCCCGACGCCGUCACCGACUACGCCUACGAGAUCCCCGCUCUGCAUCCCGACUACACAGGGAAGAGGUACCGCUACUUCUACGGCAGCUGCGGAAACAUGACACUCACCACUGGCAAGGUGGGGAAAGUUGACUUCGAAUCCCGCGAGGUGAAGGAGUGGUUCGAGGACGGCCUCUACGCCGGGGUCUCCUGCUUCGUGCCCCGACCCGGCGCCACGGCCGAGGACGACGGCGUCCUCCUGGUGACCGAGCUGCACUCCGCCGACAGGAAGAAAGUAUCUGUGGUGAUCCUGAACAGCGUUGACAUGACGGAGGUGGCUCGAGUGGCCUUCAGCACCCCGUCGGACGUCCCGAGGAGCCUCCACGGGUGCUUCGUCGCCGCGUGAAGAUCCUGCUCAGGGGCCGUCGGGGCGCUUGCAUGAUUCUGCGUCGCCGGGAGCGGGGACUUGUCUUGUGAUUCAUUUCCAGACACUGGAUAUUUUUUAGA